CGUCUGCUGGGGCUUACAUAAAUGUGGGAUGUGUUUUCCAACUCACAAUGGCACAGUUAUUAUCAAACAAAUCAAGACUAGUAUCCCUUUUUCAGAAAUGUGGCCGACAUUUAAAUAAUACCACCUUAAGUGAAUGUCGUUCUUUCUUGUACCUACGCCGAGACGGUUUCGCGAGCUCAUCCCGUAUAAAUAAAACCUGGUUAAACAGAAAGAAUCUCUUUGUUAUAAAACAAGAAUAUUCUGCCGUUCUCCGUCUUGUACAAAGAUCACUUCCUAAAUACAAUGACUUUCCAAGUCACACAAGAGGAUUUUCGUCCUCCUCCCAACAUAUGCAAUCAAACAAAGACCCGCCUGAUGACAAAAAGGACAAUAACGAUGACAAGAGAAUUCGAUCUAUGUUGGCAAAAGCAAUGAUGUGGAUGUUUACAGGUUACAUGUUAAUCACAAUUGUCUCACUUAUGUUUCCUGGAGGAAACCAGCCAGAGAUUGUUAGGUAUGUCUCGUGGACAGAAUUUCUUCAUCAUAUGUUAGCGAAGGGUGAAGUGGCCGAGAUCAUUGUUCGUCCCGAUGUUGAUAUCGUUACGAUCGUUUUGCACGAAGGAGCCGUGAUCAAGGGCCGUAGAAUGGAUCACCGUACGUUUCAUAUGAACAUCAUCGACACCAAUAAAUUUGAGGAGAAAUUGCGAGCCGCAGAACAGAGACUGGGCAUCUCCGCAGGGCAAGGUGUACCCAUCAUUUACGAACGAAACGCAGACACAGCAGGUCGAUUGCUGACCACUUUAAUCGCCGCAGCCAUCGUUAUCUCUAUUCUUUCGCGAAUGAAAGGUUUCAAAUCGCCCAUUUCAAUGGACUCUUUUACACAAAUGGCCCGAGCGAAAUUCACCCUGGUCGAUCCUUUAACUGGUGGGGGUAAAGGCGUUCGCUUCGCCGAUGUCGCUGGCCUCAAAGAAGUCAAAGUAGAAGUCAUGGAAUUUGUGGAUUACCUUAAAAGACCAGAGCAUUACAAGAAAUUAGGUGCCAAAGUACCUAAAGGAGCCUUGUUACUGGGCCCUCCUGGUUGUGGAAAGACGUUACUAGCAAAGGCUGUAGCCACUGAAGCUUCCGUGCCAUUUUUGUCGAUGAAUGGAUCAGAAUUCAUCGAAAUGAUUGGUGGAUUGGGGGCAGCCCGUGUUCGUGACUUGUUUAAAGAGGCACGUAAGAGAGCGCCUUGUAUUGUUUACAUUGACGAGAUCGACGCCAUCGGUCGCCAGCGUUCACAGGGCAGCGGUUCACUUGACGGGGCAUCUGGCGAAAGCGAGCAGACUUUAAAUCAACUCCUCGUAGAAAUGGACGGCAUGGCCACCCGCGAAGGUGUCCUGAUGUUAGCCUCAACCAACCGUGCUGACGUGCUGGACAAGGCGCUGUUGCGUCCUGGCCGUUUCGACCGUCACAUCAUGAUCGAUCUACCCACUCUCGAGGAACGCAAAGAGAUUUUUGAGCAUCAUUUGAAGUCGAUUAAAAUGGAGAAAAGUCCAUCGUUUUAUUCCAAGCGAAUGGCGUCUCUGACUCCUGGAUUCAGUGGCGCUGACAUUGCCAGCGUCUGCAACGAAGCAGCUUUGCGUGCUGCCCGUGACCUCGGCAAGAUCGUCACAGCCUUCCAUCUGGAAUACGCCGUCGAACGCGUCGUGGGUGGUUUAGAAAAGCGAUCAUCGGUCAUCGCUCCGAAGGAGAAGCGGAUCGUGGCGUAUCACGAAUGUGGUCACGCUCUAGUCGGCUGGCUGCUUCCGCACACGGAUGCCCUACUGAAAGUGACCAUUGUCCCGCGUACGAGCCAGGCCCUCGGGUUCGCCCAAUACACCCCCACGGACAAGCGGCUCUACUCCACCGAAGAGCUUUUCGAACGGAUGUGCAUGGCCUUGGGCGGCCGAGUGGCAGAAUCCAUUACGUUUAAUCGCGUGACAACCGGAGCUCAAAACGAUCUGCAGAAAGUUACCAGAAUGGCCUAUUCCCAGGUGAAAACGUACGGAAUGAGUUCGUUGGGCCUCAUUUCCUUUCCGGAAGAGGACCGCAAUUCUAGAGAAUUUGGCCGCCGACCGUACAGUAAAAGACUGGCCAAUACGAUGGAUAACGAAGCUCGCAGUAUUAUCGCCCGGGCUUACAAACGGACAGAGGCUCUCUUAAUUCAGCACCGCCAAAUGCUUGAGAAGUUGGCGGAAGAGUUGCUGAUCAAAGAGACGCUCAACUUCCAUGAUGUAGAAGCUUUAAUUGGACCGCCUCCACACGGCCAGAAACAGUUUAUCGAACCACUGCAGUUCGAGGCUGAAAUUAGCGAACAGGCUGGCAUUCCACCUGGAAGAUCCCAGCCACCACCACCGCCACCCUCUGACGACUGAUUCUUCUAUUUUUAAUUGUUAUAGAGAGAUUUCCUGGUACUGUAGAAGGUAACAUACACAGACAUCGACAAACAA